CUACGCUCGAAUUGCCAGAUUAAAAGUAUUAAAAUGUCAAAUGUCAAAUGUCAAAUGUCAGUGUUUUGUUUAAAUAUAAUCAGUAGUCCGAAUGUCUAAAUGUCUAGUGUGCAAAUUAAAAUUUGACGUUUGGAUAUGUGUAUUUGUUGUUGUCAAUUCUGAAGCUCUCAGUUACUUAUUUUUCAACAUUGCGAAAAGUGCCCAGCUUAUGUAUUUAGUUCAUUUGUGUAGCCGGAAAAGUGAUGAAAGCAAUACGUAAAGACACAUUUCAGUCAACGGCUUGCUAUCGGUUGCUCUUAUUCUAGAUAUAAUGCGGAAUUUUUAAAAUUUGUAAACACUAAAAUUGAGUGAGAGUAAACACUAAAAUUUAUAGCAUAAAUGAAUUCAGGUCAGAAGUGAAAGUUUUUAUACAUCACAUAUUUUCAAAUGUUAACUCAUUUUAACUGGUAUCACAGUAUACUUCAGUCUUUCGAAUAGUUAGUGGAAAUAUGUUUUUAAAAAGAGUUGCUUCAAUUAAACAAGUAAAAUAUUAUGGAGGAUUAACAUAUCGAAAUAAAAAUCAUAUAACUUUGCGCGAAGAAAGAAAUGUAGUUGUCAAGUUCUGUGAAUUUAAUCAAAAUAAUUUUCGAUAUUUUGCAACUAAUGUAGUAGGCAAUGCCAAUCAAAGACCAGAUUGGAACAGAGCAGUUUCAGAAGCUGAAAAAAUUGUUGGAUAUCCUACUUCUUUUCUUAAUUUGAGAUGGUUAUUAAGUGAUGAAAUAGCUAACGUUGCUCUACACCUUAGGAAGUUAGUCGGGUCAAAUCAUCCAUUACUUAAAACAGCCAAGAGUUUAAUUUACAAUGGGAAAAAUAAUAUGCAAGCAUGGGGUCUUAUAGUGUUACUAAUUUCGAAAGCAGCUGGUCAUCAUAACGUGAAUGCUAUGGAAGAAGAUAAAGCUGCAGGGGUUUUGCAUAACCAACGAGCACUUGCAGAAGUUACCGAAAUGAUAAGAACAAGUCAUUUAGUUCAUAAAGGAUUAGUUAACAUUGAACCAGGAGUUUAUCCUGAACCUUCUGAAUUGACUGACGUGACAUUUGGUAAUAAGAUCGCACUUCUAAGUGGAGAUUAUUUGCUUGGUAACAGUAGUGCUGAAUUAGCUACGCUUCGAAACCAAGAAUUGGUAGAACUAAUGUCAAGUGCGGUUCGUGAUUUGGCUGAAGCUGAGUUCAUUGGAAGAAGAGAUAAACAAAAUAAUCCAUUACCUCCUAUACCACCAGAAAACCGUGAAGGAUAUGCCGUUAGAGAAUGGACUUUGCAAAAUGUACUGAGCGCUGGUGCGUUGCUUGGUAAAUCAUGUCAAGGAACUUUAAAAUUAGCAGGACAUAAUAAAGAUAUUCAAUCGCAUGGUUACCGAUUUGGUAAACACUUAGCACUUGCUUGGCAGGCAUGUUUGGAUUUGAGCCCCUUUAUUGAUAAAGAUCGGUCGACAGCGUUUAAUUUAUGUUCCGCUCCAGUUAUGUUCCAUAUUGAACAUGAUCCAUCUAUUCUAAUCGAAGUAGAUAAAGGAUUGGCAUCCGUUCACAAUGUAGAUUAUGUCAAAGUAUUUGAUAUAGUAAAAAAAGGUCCAGGGAUUGAGUUAACGAAACAGCUUCAAAAAAAUCAUUCUCAAAAAGCUAUGGAAAUGCUAAGUGUAUUUCAAGAUAGCGAUGCAAGAACAGCCUUGUCAAAUAUUAUUGCUGCGAUGGAAGAUUUUUAAUAAGUAAUAUAUUGGGUUUUGUGCAGUAAAAUAUCAACUGAUAAUAACAAUAAUGAUAAUUUUUGUUAUUACUAUAUUGUCAAAAGAGUGUAUGAAACUCAGUAUAUAUGCUAAAAGUAAUAUACACUUUAAUUUGUAAAUAUAUGGACAGUGAAAUGAAAAAGAAAUGAAAAAAAGAAGAUAUUCUCAAAGACUUGAGUACUUAAUGGGUUUUCGGAAAGUUAUUACACA